CCGAGCCAAGUGCACUGCCGCACGCCUUUCUCUCUAUCGCUCUCUCCGCGCUUCUUCAAAGCCUUCUCCUUUGGGCUUUAACUAUGCUUUUGGCUUCUCCUAUCUAUCAUUUUCUAGCUCUUUCUCGCAUUUGAAGCGGAGCAGAAGCAAAAGGAAGCUAAACAUGAGAAAUUGCAUUGCUUAGAGACAUAGCAAGCCCUAGAUUUCCUGGCAAUGUCGCGUCCUGCCCACCUCCCUCCUCGUUGCCCUUCUCAGAGUAGGUUACCCUCACCCCGAGUGACUGAUUCCUCAUCUCAAUCACCUUUCAGAGAUGACGAGUCACAGCACUCCAAACACCGUAGGUCUCCCUCCCAAGGUUCCACCUUUGAUGACCUCUUGACAAAUUUAGAAGCCACUCCGAGAGGUCUCUUUCUUCGGAGAGCUUCCAGUGAUCCUACAUCCAUUAUGGAGGUGCUUGACAAUCCAAUACUAUCUAUCAGUGUCCCACAACCAUCUGUUAACCAAUCAGAGGACGCCAAGACUGGUUGCGGUUUUGAAGCAGAUUAUGUUUAUGGUCCUAACUCCCCUAGACAGAAGGGAAAGCUCACCCAGUCUGAGAGUUCAAUGGUUUCUGCUUUGUUAGAGACUGUGCCUCAGAAUCCUUUGCAAUAUUUAGCUGUGGAUGUUACUGGUGGUUUAAGAACUGAUGAGUCUGAUAUUAUAAGUGAAGAUCAUAGUGUGGGGGGUGAUUUUGAUUCAGAGAAGGCACGGAGGAGGCACUCUGGACAACGGUCUAGGGUUCGCAAACUUCAGUACAUUGCUGAACUUGAGAAAACUGUGGAUGCAUUGCAGACAUUGGAAGCAGAACUGGCAGCCAAAGUCGAGGCCCUGUCUAAGGACAGAGUUGCGCUCUCUAUUGAAAACAAGAAACUCAAAUGGCAGCUUCUCAACCUUCACCAAGAAAAAAUACGGAAAGAUUGUCAAUAUCUUUCUUUGAAGAAUGAAGUGGAUAAGUUGAAGAUGGUGUUCGGGAAGCACCGAAGAAGCAAAAGUUCAUCCUUUUUCGAGAUGAGCCCGGUGGAGUCGGAUCCUUUGAUACUUGACAUGGGAAAACUCAGCCUUGCCGGCGGGAACCCGGUACCUUUAAGACAUGGCUUUAAUCACUAACAAAGUUCCGGCUUUACUGAGAGCUGAAAGAAGAAACUAACAACCAUUUCACUUAACUCCUUAGUUAUCCUUUUCUACGUAUUUUUCUAGGAAAUGAAUGCACAUGUAAAUGCUUGCACAGCAUCAAGUGGUGGUAGUAGGCAACAACAAUGAUCAACAAAACGUUCUCAAGAUGCUUGCUAAUGUCUGUUGGAAAAUUAGCAGUUUAUCUUGUUAACUAAUCCACUGUUUUGUGUCAAAACAUUACUGUUUUUAACCUCUGCUUAGUUUUCUGUCUA